CAUUGAUUCGACGUGAUAAUGAUCUUUUCAACUGAUAUCCAUUACAUAAAUCUAAUAUUCAUUGCAUACCAUUCGUGUUAUUGUUAUAAUAAGUUUAUAAAAACAACGAAAUACCAUUUGCAUGCGAUGCGGCAUUCAUCAAAUGGACGUGGAUAUGAAGACGUUUCUGCCGCUAAAAGCAGUCAAAUUAUUUAAAUCAUGUGAAUUUUUUACGUAACUAAGUAGUUUAUAUUCGUAAAGUGUUUAUUUAACCAUGGUUUUGGUUUACAGUUGUUGUUUUUGGUUCUCUUUACGACUUGGAGGAAUAAUCAUAGGAGUAUUGUCGUUAAUACAGGCAAUUAUAGUUUUAGUACUAUGCAGUAUAGCGUACGGCUACACAGACGAUAUCAAAGAAACAUUAACGCAUUGGAUUAACGAUAUGGAGUUGGUGUACACCGAACCUGUGUUUGAAACCAUUUUAGCAGAUCCAAAUAAAUAUCUAACAGUAACGAUAACUUUAAUGACCAUUUACAUAGUGCUGUGCGGAUUAUACAUCUAUGGAGCUUAUUAUUGUAUGGUGACGCUGAUGCUGGGCUUCGUGGUGGCGGAGCUGGCGCGGCUGCUGGCUCUAGCGGGGCUGCUCACCACGUGGCUGGUCGUGGCCAAGGAGAACUCCAUGGACAUCGGGCAGCUGAUUGGGGCGAGCGUGCUGAGCGGGUUCUUGCUACUGGGCAUGUGGUACCUGUGGGUGUGUUCGUGCAGCCUGCCCGCGCUGGUGCAGCUCACGGAGCGGGAGGAGCAGGCCGAGAGCCUCGCGCGGCUGCGGCGCCUGCUGCAGCAGGAGGCCGGGCAGCGGGAGAUGUAUGGAGCCGAUGUGACGCAUUAUAUGAGAUAGACACGAGCAGGCCGAGAGCAUCGCCUAAAACCCUACCAUCAUGUUAUACACCUAUGUUUCACAAAUACAUAAUUUGAUUCGAAUUCCGCGGCGACGGCUGCUGCUGCAGCAGGAGACGGGGCAGAGAGAGAUGUAUGCCACCGACGUGGCGCACUAUCUCAGAUAAUCACGGC